AUGCUACCCUCGAUACACUUGCUCUCGCCAACAGCCCUCUUCGUCUUUACCCUUUUCGCAUUGGCAGCAUGUGCUGACCUUUAUAAGACUCUGGGUGUCUCUAGAUCGGCCUCUGACUCGGAUAUCAAGACGGCUUACAAGAAAUUGAGUAAGAAAUACCAUCCAGAUAAAAAAGGUGGUGAUGAGGCUAAAUUCGUGGAGGUUGCACGAGCCUAUGAGGUGCUUUCGGAUCCCGAGAAAAGAAGCAUAUACGAUAGACAUGGAGAGGAGGGCCUGAAGCAGCAUGAAAAUGGAGGGGGCGGAUUCCAAAACCCAUUCGACAUGUUCCAAAGUUUCUUCGGUGGUGGACGUCCACGAGACGAGGUCCGUCGCGGGCCUACAUCGGUAUCGGAGUUUGAAGUGCCCCUUGCUGCGAUGUAUACCGGACAAAACAUUGAUUUUAUGAUUAAUAAGAAAAUAUUAUGUGACCACUGCCGAGGCUCGGGCGCUGCGUCUGAUUCGCACAUUAAGCCGUGUAAAGGUUGUGAAGGUCGUGGCGUCAAGAUCACUCGUCAACAAGUAUUCCCCGGGAUGUUUGCUCAAUCACAAACGACAUGCGACGAGUGUGGAGGCCGAGGGAAAGUGGUCACCAAGACAUGUCCACAUUGCCAAGGUGCUAAGGUGUUGCAACAUACGCAGCAUUAUACGCUUGAAAUUGAGAAAGGCAUAUCGGAAGGAUAUGAAGUCAUUUUCGAGGGCGAAGGUGAUGAGAGUCCUGAUUGGGAAGCGGGCGAUGUGGUGUUAAGGGUACGCAGUAAGCGUGAGGAAGGGGGCUUCAGAAGGAAAGAAACCAGUUUGUACUGGAGGGAGACUAUUGGUGUUGACGAGGCGCUUCUCGGAUUUGAAAGAAAUUUGACACACCUCGAUGGCCACACCGUCCACAUUCAACGGACAGGAGUCACACAACCAGGGUAUGUUCAACAAAUCGAAGGGGAAGGGAUGCCAGUAUUCGACCAAGAGGGAAUGUUCGGUGAUCUUUUCAUUGAGUACAACGUUGUCCUCCCUUCAACUAUUUCGAAAUCUGCGCGGACAAAGCUGGUAGAGGCUUUCCAACCACCGAGAGGAAAGGAUGAAUUAUAG